GCCACGCCGACGACCUGGAUUGCAUCUCAACUUUUGCUCCAACUCCCGUCCUUCUCCGCCACACCGAUUGUCCAGGAUGGCUUCCAAUUUUAAUGACAUCGUGAAGCAAGGAUAUGUCAAGAUUAGGAGCAGACGCCUAGGAAUUUAUCAGAGAUGUUGGUUGGUCUUUAAGAAAGCAUCAAGCAAAGGGCCCAAAAGAAUGGAAAAGUUCUCAGAUGAACGUGCUGCGUACUUCAGAUGCUAUCAUAAGGUUACAGAACUGAAUCAUGUGAAGAAUGUAUUGCGGUUGCCAAAAGGUACGAGGAAGCAUGCUGUAGGGAUCUAUUUUAACGAUGACACAUCCAAGACAUUUGCUUGUGAAUCAGAGCUGGAAGCUGAUGAAUGGUGUAAAGUUUUGCAAGUAGAGUGCCUGGGGACUCAGAUUAAUGAUAUUAGCCUGGGAGAACCUGACCUAUUGGCUUCCGGCGUAGAGAGGGAACAAAGUGAGAGAUUCAAUGUGUAUUUGAUGCCAUCUCCUAAUUUAGAUGUGCACGGAGAAUGUACCUUACAGAUAACGUUUGAAAAUAUCUGUCUUUGGGACAUCCAGAAUCCCAGAGUCAAACUCGUCUCUUGGCCUUUAAGUGCCCUCCGGCGAUAUGGGCGGGAUUCAACUUGGUUCACAUUUGAAGCAGGGAGGAUGUGUGACACAGGGGAAGGACUGUUCAUCUUUCAGACGCGAGACGGGGAGGCGAUCUAUCAGAAAGUUCACUCGGCAGCUCUGACCAUAGCAGAACAACAUGACCACUUAUUACAGAGUGUGAAAAACUCCAUGCUGCAGAUGAAAAUGAGUGACCGAGCGGUUUCCCUUGGCACCAUGGUUCCCUUGCCACGCAGUGCCUAUUGGCAGCACAUCACACGGCAGCAUAGCACCGGGCAGCUUUUUGGUCUACAAGAAAGUCCACUGAAGAUCCAUCGAACAGAAACCUUCCCCACCUACCGGUCAGAACAUUGAUAAAAGAAAGCCAGGGACUUUUUUUAAAAAGUGUGUGUACGUGUGUGUAUGUGUGUGAAUCUUGAGAAGAAUUCAUCCAGUGAAGAAUAUUUCAUUGACAUUGGACGAAAGCAAAGCUGACAAAAGAGAGGAAGACUGAACUGAGAAUGCAUUAUUGCGUUUACAUUUUUGGUUAAGUCAUGCGCAACCUUUGGAGAAUUGCUAUAUUUCAUAAUUACAUCUGGAAGUAAAAAAAAA